AUGGCAGCUCCUACGAGGCCGCUAUUUCUCCCGUACGUGGAGCAACGCCCCGUCGCAUCCUUUCAUGAAUACUAUCCCAGCUCGAGUGCCAGUCAAAUACCUCCUUUUGCUAGCAUUUCUAGGCUACUAGGAGAGAGAGCGAACCCCGAGAAAGAAGCCGGAAUCAGGAAUGAAACAAUUUUGAUCAACGAUUUUCUCUUUCUGAAGAGCAGUCAUGCGAAACGCUACGAUGAUGUCUUUCUGGAUCAACCAACACAAGAGCCUCAACCGCCUGCUCAAUUUGGUGCGACUCUAUCUCUGAGACGCAAGCCACUCGUCUCAAAGGCUCCCCAGGCUAGUGAAAAUAUCGCAUCAGUGACAAUAGCUGAUUCUGCUGACGCUGAGGCUCUCACACCCACUUCAAACCAGUAUAAGAAGCCGAUCAACAGCCAUUCGUAUAGGAAAGAUGAAAUCUAUGGAAACGAAGAGGAGAGUCUCGGAAAACCAUAUUACGAAUGCCCAAAAGUAGAAGCACGCUGCAACUUCUUACUGUGGGAAGACGACGCCGAAGAUCGAGGAUCAGUCAGCAGCUUCCCAUUGAAGGAACCCUCCGCUGAAGGCGCCCUAAAUAGCACCCAUACCGAACCUCCACCAUCUCGCCCUUCUCGUGCGCCUAGUGAGCCACCUCCGUAUGAUUUGGCUACAACACAGAUAUCCGGCGCUUUCAAGCAUGGCGGUUCAGAUGGCACAACGUCCUACAUUCUGCCCAAAUGUUCCUCUAAUCUGCACACAUCUCCAGUUCGUGGUAAUGAUGAGCACACGAAUCAAGAUUUCUCCAGACGGUCAAAAUUCAACACCCAGCCAUUCGAUCUUGCUGGCAGAAAGACUGUGAAUAGAGAGAAUAUCGCUACAUGCUGCCGCCAGGAAGAGAGCAGCCUACAAACGGGGAGCCCUGAAGGCAGCACUGACAGCACCAAUUUGCUUCUCCCGACUGCUGAAAAGAGUCCAAAGGACGAUACCAAGAUCACACACUCUCACCAGGUAGGUUGUAGACCUGACAGCGGUAAUCAGAUCACUCCUACCAAGAAACGCAAGCUUCGAUCUUUCAUGGAUGGGUAUAGUUGGAAAGACGCGUCCCAAGUAUCAAACUUGAUGAACAAAUGGACCGAUGCCGAAAUCUUGGAUCCUUUCGACCUGGAGUUAUCUCGCACAGAAGCCCACGCGAUGCUGGAUCGUUUAUUUGACCUUAAACUCUUCAUUAAGGAUGUAAGAUCCAGCCUUCGUGAUCUCAGUUCGCAAGUUGGUGAAAUUCAACGCAGCUACACUAAGACAAGGUCCUCAAUUGAACUGGGAGUCAAAGAGGAUUCAUUCACUGCUAUCCCUAGCCACGGCGCAUCGAUAGAAGGGGUGAAGGACACCGGCCUUCAAGAUGUACAAGCUCCAGUGAAGCCAAAAAAUGACAAAGAGCACACCACGAGUCUGUCUCCCAUAUUCAACCUCGAGAAAAUCACAAUACCAUUGCGGGGCAGGGGUACAGAUGCCUCAAGCGAAGACCUGUUGUUGCAGCCCAUCGUCUCGACGUUCAUGUCGCUGGACGAACGGUCACCUCUACGCAAGCUCGCUCCCUACGAUCUAUGUCAAUCGAGCACCUCAUACGCGACCCGAUUCAUAGAAAAUGCGCUCUUGUAUCCUCUUCCUUCCCUUCCUCGGUACACAAGGGGCCUUGAGCCUUCUGGUCUAAUCUACAUGUACUCUAUUCAAGGCAGCUUUGGCUUCGUCAAAAUCGGCUACACGUCUCGAAAAGUCGAAACUCGGCUCGCAGAGUGGCAAAAGUCGUGCAAACACACCCCGUACCUCAUAUUUCCGAAAGCCCCAGAGGAGCAACAACAGAUCCCCUACGUGCGUCGUGUCGAAGCACUGAUCCACGCGGAACUCAGGGAUUGCAGAGUCAGAGAGCUGAAGUGCCUCUGCAACGAGAUAAACGCAAAUGGAGCACAGAAACAGCAUAUCGAAUGGUUCAACGUAGAUAUAAAUCGCGCAAAGGAGGUAGCUAUGAGAUGGGCGACGUGGAUGAGGUCUGACCCUUAUGAACAGGUUUCGCCUGGAAAUUGGGUGCUCCGAGGUGAGCACAAGGCUAGUCUCAAAGAGCUAGCUCGAGCGACACCUAGAACUGAAACUCGCAAAACUAGCAGUGUGAGCUUGCGGCCAUCAAUACCGAAGUCCGCCUCUGCUCCUUCCAAAUCCUAUCUUGGGCCUGGGUCCAGGGUUGGGUCUUUAGCUAGACGGUCAUUGAGUCCUAAAUUGUAG